GCUGGUGCAGGACAGCUGGCGCCGGGAGCAACCAAGGGGCCGGAGGCGGCGGCCGCGGCAGCCCGGAGCGAGCUGCGCUGCAGGGAGCUGCAGCCGCCGCCCCCGCACCAAAGGAACCUUGGCUACCCGCCGACCCUUCCUCACUUUUGGAAAUGGCAGGCGAAAUCACAGAGACUGGGGAGCUCUACUCUCCCUACGUUGGACUGGUGUACAUGUUUAACCUCAUCGUGGGCACUGGUGCGCUCACCAUGCCCAAGGCCUUUGCCACCGCUGGAUGGCUUGUCAGCCUGGUCCUGCUGGUGUUCCUGGGCUUCAUGAGCUUUGUGACGACCACCUUUGUGAUGGAGGCCAUGGCGGCAGCCAACGCUCAGCUGCGCUGGAAGAGGAUGGAAAACCACCAGGAGGAGGAAGAUGACGACUCCUCCACGGCCUCCGACAGUGAUGUUCUCGUCCAGGACAGCUAUGAGCGGGCAGAGAAGCGGCCCAUCCUGUCUGUGCAGAGGCGUGGACCUUCGAACCUCUUUGAAAUCACAGACCGGGUGGAAAUGGGACAGAUGGCCUCCAUGUUCUUCAAUAAAGUGGGGGUCAACUUGUUCUAUUUCUGCAUCAUCAUUUACCUGUAUGGGGACCUGGCCAUCUAUGCUGCUGCCGUGCCCUUCUCCCUCAUGCAGGUGACCUGCAGCACCGCUGGCAACGACUCCUGUGGUGUGGAGGCCGACACCAGGUACAACGACACGGACCUGUGCUGGGGGCCCCUGCGCCGAGUGGACGCCUACCGCAUCUACCUGGCUGUCUUCACUCUCCUUCUCGGACCCUUCACCUUCUUUGACGUCCAGAAGACCAAGUACCUGCAGAUCCUGACCUCCCUGAUGAGAUGGAUCGCUUUCGCCAUCAUGAUCGUGCUGGCCCUGGUCCGCAUCGGAUAUGGUCAUGCGGAGGGGCACCCACCCCUAGCUGACUUCUCUGGGGUCCGGAACCUGUUCGGGGUGUGCGUCUACUCCUUCAUGUGCCAGCACUCCCUGCCGUCCCUCAUCACACCCGUCUCCUCCAAGCGCCACCUCACACGCCUGGUCCUCCUGGACUAUGUGCUGAUCCUGGCCUUCUAUGGUCUCCUCUCUUUCACCGCCAUCUUCUGUUUCCGUGGCGACAGCCUCAUGGACAUGUACACCCUCAACUUUGCACGCUGCGACGUUGUGGGCCUGGCCACUGUGCGCUUCUUCCUGGGCCUCUUCCCCGUCUUCACCAUCAGCACCAACUUCCCCAUCAUCGCCGUGACCCUCCGCAACAACUGGAAGACACUUUUCCACCGUGAGGGGGGCAUGUACCCCUGGGUGGUGGACCGCGUGGUGUUCCCCACCAUCACCCUGGUGCCACCUGUGCUGGUGGCCUUCUGCACCCAUGACCUGGAGUCCCUGGUGGGAAUCACAGGGGCCUAUGCUGGCACGGGCAUCCAAUACAUCAUCCCUGCCUUCCUGGUAUACCUCUGCCGCAAGGACACCCAGCUGGCCUUUGGCUACGGGACUGUCAACAAGCACAGGUCCCCUUUCCGACACACCUUCUGGGUGGGCUUCGUGCUGCUCUGGGCUUUCUCCUGCUUCUUCUUCGUCACCGCCAACAUCGUUCUCAGUGAGACCAAGGUCUGAUGGCAGAAUGUGUCUGGUAACAAGAGGGAUGGGGGCCCCAAGCCAGCCCCACCCCCACCUCUCCGCCUGCAGAGCCAAGAUCCAGUUGCCUUCCAGGUAUCCACGGGGCAGGCAAGGCCAGGGCUCUUGGAGGGGACCUUCCAUAUCUCCAGCUGGGGAUCUUCCCCCGACCCGGGAUUCCGCACAGCAGACAAUUCCACAGAUUUGUCCAAGGUGGCCUCCUCCCAGGCCCUCCUGCCUAAGGCUGCCCCUGACCAGUCAAGCCACACAACCCGGGCACAGGGCUGCUCUCAGAUUCCGGGACUGGUUACUGGAAUCGACCCCCUUUAUACACACAUCCCACCACCCCCAUCACCGGGGGUGGUCUCCUCCCCCGCACAGUGGAGAUGCAGUGCUGGCACUGCCACUAUUUAUACCAGUCACCAUGUCCCCCUCGCCCCCCCUCCAAACUCCCUCCCAUGUCCUCAUCUGCUCCACUAGGAGCAGCAUCCUCCUCAGGGCCAGCGCCAGGCUCUGACCCUCCCCACUGGGCCUGCCAGUGGCAAGCAGAGCCCACCUUCUUGUCAGAUCACAGUCGCCAAGUGGCACUCCUGGGGGCACCUGGCCAGCCCUGAUGACAAGAAUAGGAAGUGCUAAUCGGCCCCAGGGUCCUCAGACCGGAGCUGUGAGGACCCUGGCUGUGGGCGCCAGCUCCUGCGCUGGGCUCCUGAGCCUGUCAUAACUCGGAGCAGCCCUUCUGUCGGGGCACAGCAGUCCGUGCACUCGGUUUAAAGCCCAGAGCUUGUGACCCCUGAAAGGGACCCUCUGCUCUCCUGACUGCCCCGCUGGGGUGCUCGGGCCCCCGUCAGUGCGGAGGGCAGCGUACAAGGGCCACUAGAGAGGAGCUACCCCCACCCGCCCCCGCAGUGGCUGGGGAGCGCCCUGGGCAUGUACUGGUGAGUGGGCUCCAUGGUUCCUGCCCUGUGGGAGGUCAGGCCUGCUCCCUGCCCCUGCUCCCACUCCAACACUACAGGUGGCUCCCUUUCGAGCCGGGCUGUGGGUGCUCAGUAUGCACGCUCUCCAUGUCCCUUGGGUGCCGUGGGUGAGGUGGGACGCUGGCCACCAUUCUCAUGGAAGGAGGGCCAGGAUCUCAGCCACCUCACCGCUCCUCCGAGGUUCCCUCCCCCUCACAAUCAUGCAUGCACCCGCUGGGCCAGCCUUCCUCAGAAACGCAGGUGACUCUAACGAACUCUGUAUUUUCAAUGUGCCUUCUACUUCAGGACCUGGGGGUCCUUUCUGACCCUCCCUGGUGUGCCCCCAGCCCUGGGCAUCUCUGGGGUGGGGUCUCAGGCCCCUACCCCUCCCUCUUUUGAUUUCAGUGCCUUGCUCAGCCCUCCUUAGGGAACCUCCAGAACCUCCCCCUGCGUCUCACAUCUUCAUACUCUGGACAGAGGGACGAUGCUGGGUCUCCUGGGGCCCACGGUGGUCUCGGGAGGAGGGAGAGGAACGUGGGACUUUCAGGAACAUGGGGGAGUCCGCAGGCAGCACCACCUCUACUUGGCCCCUAGCAGCCCCAGCCUCUGAGAAUCCCAUGUCACAAUCGGCCAUGAUCUGCUUUCUUUCUGUUGUCGCACGUCUUCGGUUCUCACAGCUUGUCUCCGCGUAUUGUUAUUUUCCAUCCACGUGAAAAAUAGAUGCCCCUUCCCCAUCUGCCAUGGUGGCUUCUUUCCAGGAGGCCCUGCCCUGGGGUGAGCAGAGCAGGGAGGGCUCCACGGUGGCCCAGCCCCCUGUGGCUCAGACCCUCCCUUGAGUGCCCGGCUGUUUGCUGAAAACUCAGUUAAAACAUCUGUACUUACCAUUCUCCAAUUACGUUCCAUCUUGCUUAAGGACAAAGCAAAUUAAAUCAUCCCGCCACCCCAGGCUCCAAACCAAA